GGUGGAGAUAGAUAAAGAUGUGAAAGAUUGGGGAAUUGAAGGUGACAGGGAAUUGGCACAGAAGAGGAGUUGAGGCCAGCAUGGAUCAGCCGUGAUCAUAUUGAAUGGUGGGACAGGCUUGAGGGGUUGUCUUCUAUUGUCUUGUGUUUUCAUGUUGGUGCUGCCCAUUGCCUGGCACUAAGGUGGUACAAAUGUUCCUUGCCACUUCUCUGCCAGGGCCUGAAUGUUGCAUGUGGGAGCUGUAAAUGGAAUCCAACCCAAUCAUCAUUGACAUCCCCACUCCUAACUGCGUGAUGGAAGGAAGGUCACUCGUGGAGCAGCAGCAGAUGGUUAGGCUCACAACCCUGUCCUGAGGAACUCCUGCGAUCAUGUCCGGGGUUGGGUUGAGUGACCUCCAUCAUCUUUACUGCGAAGUACGACUCAACCACGAGGGGACGAUCCCUUGAUUUCCAGAUCAGUAAAUCUGGUCAAAUUACAACAGUAACUCAUCAUUGAAGCCCAAAUUCUUUCUCAAUGGCAAAAUAUCCACGCCUUUCCUCAAAUACUGUCAUUGGAAAUCUCUGUGAGAUUCGACUAAUUUCUAAAAUGGGGCAAUUGAUGAAGAUGUUUUGUUCCAUCGCUGUUUUCCUGCUGAACAUUAAGUUAGCUGAUGUGUUAUUUCCUGUUUCCUCCCACCCGCGGGGUUGUGAGUGCACAGUUUAAGAGGCUGGGCGUUACUCAGCUCCCUGUCACUGCCUCCCAAGGUCCAGGGUGUUGGUUCCACACACUGAAUUCCCACAGCGAGCUUUGUGUAGAGACUUGGACAUGGCACGGUGGGGAGUGUUCUCUCUGAUUGUCCUCGCCCAGGUUGUUCUGGUGCUGCCACAGGCUCCUUUAAGUGUGAAAGACAUGACCUACGAUGACUGCCGGGUCUGGGGUAUUUUCCACAUCAGCCGGAACAACGGCUACAAUCUGACCCUGUCGCAAGCAUACGACGCCUGUAGUCUCUUUGAUGCGGAGCUGGCGACAGAGGCACAGAUGAAGCGCGCACACAAGGAAGGAUUUGAAAAGUGCAGGUACGGUUGGGUGAAAGACGGUUUUGUUGUCAUUCCGAGAAUCACUCCAAAGCAUUUGUGCGGACAGAACAAAACAGGAGUGGUGGUCUGGAAAGAAAGCACGAACUUGGAGUAUGAUGCCUUUUGCUUCCUUCAGAAUGAUUCCCAGAAGAGGAAUGCCUGCGAGCCAUUAAUUUGGCCCACGACCUCCAUGACAGAAAUUACGUCCACGGACCUGGGUCCCACAAGCCCGAGUAUCAUCCCUGCAUUCAGCUCUGAGGUCUCAUCAAAGCCGAGCUCAAAAACAACAGCUCGGGAAGCAAGGUUCUUUUCACCCACCUUAAUCGAGACGGAUGUCUCCUCAUCACAGCCAACACAGGUUUACGACAAACCUGAGACAGAGAGGGCCAAAACAAAGUUCGGCAAAUGGAUCCUCUACUGGGUGCUGGGACUGGUGCUCCUCGUUGUGUUCGUGGUCUUUGUGAUUACUUUGAUUAUCCUUCUCAGAAGACGCAAGAGCUAUUCAUACUCAGCCACCGUGCAGCCGAAAGAAACUGAAAUGUGGAACCACAGUCUGAUGGCGAACAACUCCUAGUGAGGUGCACAGAGCAGGAACCAAGGCCGGGAUCACAACUUCACCUCAGGCACAGAGUCUUUGACAAGUUAAUACCAGCACAGAGCAAAAUGUGGGCUUAGAGUUGGUGAGCAUGGUUAUAUCUGGAACUGCUCUGUUUCGAGCACAGAGAAGCAGGCCAUUCUAUCCAUCUGCUCUGUCCUAUUCUCGUCCUAUCCUUCAUCAUCAGCAUGCCCUCCUCUCAGAUCACUUGAAUGUUGUGAAUUGUCUAAUUGUGAAUUGUCAGCACACAGUAUCAGACGUGCUUGUUACCUGAAAGGCCCCGUUAAACUGUCCGUUAACACACAACAAGUGUAAGCUUCAUGGCUUUGGCAGAAGAGGAAGGAGUCAGUGUAUAAGGUCGCGUCAUUGAUUAAUCGAUUGAAAGAUACAGCUCGGAAACUAGCCCUUAAGGCCCACCCAGUCCACCCCGACCAUCGAUCGCCCGUUCAUUCCACACAGAUAGCGUCCGAGGCCAGGAUCGAACCUGGGUCUCUGGCGCGAUAAGACAACAGCUCCACCAGCUUCUCCAUUGUGCCCCUGUAAUUGCAUGAACUGUUCUGCACAAGAUGCUGCUGAGACUGGGCCACCUCCCUGAGCUCUCCUCUCUGCAUUCUGCUAGAGGUAGUGAGUGUGGGGA